GUUCAUAAAUAGGGAUUGCUUUGUCUCCUAGUGUACUACUAGUGGGGCUUGUGUCGUGUCUACAAAACUUGUUUGAGGCAUUCAUUCACUGUCAACAUAGUAUUUAUGUUGGAAGCAAUAACACUUUCUUAAGUUUCUGUGUUUCACAAGGUUGUUUUCCAUACUAUUCAUGAUGCAUCUGCAUGAAUUUUACGGUAUGUCUAAACAAAAAGUCGAUCAUAAAGAGAUAAACAAAGAUCAAUCUUCUGUACACAAAAACGAUUUGCUUGAGCUGGUUUCGGAAAAUGACCAGAUUUCAGUGCAGGUUCAAUCUAGAGGUGAAAAGAGUCCAACUUGUAAGACUUUACCGUCUCAUACUCUUAAGGGUCAUCAUGAUGAUUUGAUAAUGAUGCCAUCGCUGUUGCAUCAAUGUCAACCAUCGCUUGAAAAUGACAUUCCAUCUUCCUCAACCAUAGUGAAUUUCACCCAUUUUGCAAAACCUGUUGCUAUUGUGAAGGCUAAUCUUCUGAAAAUUAGUUUGUCUUCUUCAAGAUCACAAAGUGUGGGAAUAAAGAACAAUAGGCCUGAUUUGAAAUAUUUGAAGCCGAAAUCUCCAGAGCAGGACGCAGAUGUCUUCAAGGUUGGUCGAACUUCGAAUCAAGUUCUUGGUAAAAGUGGUAGAUAUUGUCAAAAAGAUGUCGAAAAAUGUACGAAACCAGCAGAAGUCUCUUCUUCUGUUUGCUCGGAUAAUAGAGCAUAUAGAGACUCAGAUGACCCGAAUCAAAAUUUGAAGGGAAAAAAUAUAUACUCUGAGGAUUUCGAUUGGCACAGCCAAAGUGAAGACGUUGAGGAUGAAUCGGUCGGUAUUAAAAAGAAAGCUCAUGGACGAGGAGGUUUUGGCUCGAAGAGAAACCGUUCGGCUGAAGUACACAAUCUAUCUGAAAGGAAACGAAGAGACACGAUCAAUGAGAAGAUGCGGACAUUGCAAGAACUCAUACCGAAUUGCAAUAAGGUGGAUAAAGCUUCCAUGCUGGAUGAGGCAAUUGAGUAUCUUAAAACCCUUCAACUCCAACUGGAAAUAAUGUCAAUGAGAGGAGGUGGUUUAUACAUGCCGAUGAUGUUACCUGCGGGAAUGCAGCAGAUGCAUAUGUCUCCCUUUUCAGCCAUGCAAAUGGGGUUAGGGGUGCCUCAAUUUGAAGGAACUCAUCUACCAGCUGCACAUGCAUCUGGACUUUCUGCUUUACAUGGGAUGGCGGCGGCAAGGCCAAAUCCUCAAAUGUUCGGACUUCCUUGCCAUGGACUCCACAUGCCAAUGCCGUGCGCUCCAAUGUUUUCUUUUCCAAUGCCAAAUGUGAACUCACAACAAGUUAUGCAAAACAUCAAUAAUGAAUGUAACUCCACAAACCCAAUGUCUAUCCAGUGUGAAGCAACAAUUGGUCGUGUUUCAUCGACAAAUGACAAAGAAGCUUUUACUCUCGAUAAUGAAGACAAGCCCGCGAUUGAAAAAUGUAACGAAACUUACUAAAAGUCAGUAUAUUACAAAAUGGAUAAUCCCAGUGCAUGCAAACGAUGUUAACGGAGAUUUACCAGCGAUAGAUUUCUUUGCUUUCAGUAGUGACUAUUACACCUUUGUCCUGGGGGUGUCCUUGUCUCCCGUUAUCGGUUUAUCAUCUUUUACACUCUGAGCUUUCACACCUCUGCUUCAUUGUAGAUGUCAUUUCCUCAAUCUUCUUCUUUUUAACCCUUUAGCAUCAUCAGCUGCGCCUUGUCCUUCUUAUAGUGUCAUUUGCAGCAAUAAUAAGGAAUUUGGUAACUAAAAAGUGAUUCCUUCUAUCUUAUUUUUGUUGUCAAUUAUUAGUUCUUAAAUAUAAUGAACUAUUUAGAAUAUAAAUUUAUAUUAAUUUUGUUGUAAAUUUGAUAAAUAAAUUAAAAAAAAUAUUAGUUAGAUCA